GCAACAGUCUUGGCAGCUGUAGAUCUACCUCGCCCGUGGAGUAUCACAGCUCAAGUGCAGGCUGCGCUCAUCCCAGUAGUGACGGCACUCAACAACACUUCACGUGGAUAUGUCCAUGUCGUGUCUAUCGAAGCUGAGGAUAUGGAUCCUUGGCUGAUCAGUCGCUACUUCAUGAACGUACCAGGAACAAAUCCCCUUGGAAUUUUCAUCAUUGUGUACACGAGCACCCGCGGUUUGACUAUGGGUGCGCAGCAGGAAGUGUUUAAAGCGUUCUUUCAAGUGCUUGGUACCACCAGGGUGAUUCAACUAAUUCCGGAUGCACACAUUCCGUAUGUGACUCUCUUGGACUUGGACACGUUUCACAUGGUGAAGAACAAAUGGCGCAACGGAUACCUGUAUCUGCCAGAAUUCUGUGAGGGACAAUUUGACGAACACACCAGAAAUGUACCUCUGCUCAGUCGUAGUCAGCAGCUGAAGGGUUUCCGAUUCGAAUUCGUUCUUCGCGAACAAAAUGUGUGGAUGGAUAAAAGAGGCAAUACACGUGCGGGAGGCCGUGAUUUUAUGUUUGCCAAGAUGCUAACAGAGUUUGGAAUGCAAUGGAAAAUCCCAGAAAACAGUUCGUUAAUUCAAAAAUUUCGAGAGGGAAACGUGGAGCUUGGAUUGCCCGUUCACACUGUUGCAACAUAUUGGAAAUACUCGUUUCUGCGUUCAACUGAA